AUGUACCUUGGUAACAGCUUCAACGCUGCGGCUGCUGUCAGCCUGUUCCCGAGACUGAUAUUCGUACAUGCUUUGUACUUCGCACAUGUGGUGACGAAGCUACGUGGCUACUACAUGAGCAAUCCACGAUGCCAAACCAAGAAUAAGCUUACCACUGCAGCGCAAAAUGAGCGGUAUGUCAGCAAAAGGCAUGGGACCAACCACGAGAGCCCAGAGGUCCAAGUGAGACCGUCUGUGAGACCCAGCCCUCUGGCGUCUGACAGGUGCAACUGCGCCGCCGCCUCUGGAACUCCUUUGGCUCUCCUCCCGGCGGCCAUCGACUUGACUCGAACCGUCCUAGUCGGCGACUCGUCCCUCCGCCCUCAGCACCAAGACGCUCAGCAGAGACUCGGUUUGCAGCUCAGCCCUGCGACGCACGCCUAUCGCGUUUGUCAAUCGGGGCUGACGGUGCUACUCUGCCUACCACAAGGUUCUGCAGCUUGCAUCCUUAGCUACCCAUUUGCUCGGAAAGGGAUGCAGAUGCCCGUCUCACUCUGCAUAGCCUAUGCCAUACUUUAUUCCGUAGGGCGACGUGCUUUCAGCUCCGUGAGUUCAGCGGGCGGUGCGUAUGCGCAGCAGACUUCCGACGUGCUGCUUGAUUUACACACCAAUUUCGGCUUAGGAGGAACGACACGCCUUGGUCACGAUAAUGGCGGGCUUACUGGCACGUCGCGGCCUCUUUGCGAGAUCCCUCUGAACGCACAGCCGGUUGUGGUAAGGCAUAGGCUACUCUGA